AUGGAUCCCCUGGUGCGUAGUCGAAGGGGAAUGGGCGUGAAAGAGUCAGACGAGGCCAGUGUGGCCACUGAGAAGGAAUAUCGUGCAGCCUUGAGUCAGGCAGGAGCUGGAAUGGUUCCUGGCACUGUGGCCAGUGGAGCCGCGGUGAAUGGCGUGGCCCCUGGUGAAGCAUCACCCGGGACUUUAGAAUCGGGUGAAGCUGCUGGUCGAUCACGAGAGGUUUCGAUGCCUGUAGCUAACCCGUUCCACAGCGAGCGAGUUCGAGCGGAGGUAGAUCUUAUCCGCAGCCGACCUGCUGCCCUGGACGAAGAUGCUGCUAGACUUGGGCUAGAGCCUGAUGAUAUUGGGCUGGGAGCUACUGUCGGGCAGUAUCCAAGGGAGCCAGACUAUCAGGCCCUCCUGGGCGCUGGAGGUCAAGUCAGGGAGGCUCCCCGUGUGGCCAGAGUGGAGCCAUCUGCGGAAAGGGCGGAACCUGGGAUAAUGGUAAGCGACUCACCUUCGAGGAUGACGGGGUUGGAAAUCCGAGAGAAGGGCCAGGAGGAGCCGGAAGAACGACGAGUAUCAGAGGAGGCUGGGAGUCCAGAGAAUCUGGAAGAAGCCGGACAAGAUCUAUGCGAUGACUCCCGUGAACUGAUACCUGCGGAGCUGGAUAAGCUGGGAAGGAUGGAAAACAUGCUGUUGCAGGUGAUGGAAGAGAACAAGAGCCUGAAAAGGCGCUUGGAACAUGAGUCGCAUUUGGAUGUACAGCCUGUGUUGCCUGCGGAUUUCCCGGGUCAAACGACUAUG